CACCUCUCCGCCUUCCCCGGCUGAGCCUUUCCGCCGGCCGCAGGCUCCCAGCGCCAUGUCCCCGGGCAGCCUCGUCCUCUUCCUGAGCAUCCUGGGGGCCCCAGGGCUGGGCGACCCCGGCCCCCUGGAAGACGUGGUGAUAGACAGAUACUAUAUCCCCAAAAUCUGCCUGCGGGAAGUCCAGAUGGGGGAUUUCAUUCGCUACCACUACAAUGGGACCUUUAAAGAUGGCAAAAAGUUUGACUCCAGCUACGACCGAGGGGCCACGGUGGCCGGCGUGGUGGGCGUCGGGCGGCUGAUCACUGGCAUGGACCGGGGUCUGCAGGGCAUGUGCGUGAACGAGCGGCGUCACCUCAUCGUGCCCCCGCACCUGGGCUACGGCAGCAUCGGCGUGGCGGGGCUGAUCCCCCCAGAUGCCACCUUGUACUUUGAUGUCAUCAUGCUGGACAUCUGGAACAAGGAUGACAAGCUGCAGAUCACCACCCUCUCCAAACCGGAGCGCUGCAACCGCACUGUGGAGAACUCAGACUUCGUGCGGUACCACUACAACGGCACGCUGCUGGAUGGCACCCCCUUUGACUCCAGCUACAGCAAGGACAGCACCUACGACACCUACGUGGGCACCGGCUGGCUGAUCAAGGGCAUGGACCAGGGGCUGCUGGGCAUGUGCGCCGGGGAGAAGAGGAGCAUCAUCAUCCCCCCGUUCCUCGCCUAUGGGGAGAAGGGCUACGGGACCGCGAUCCCACCGCAGGCCUCGCUGGUGUUCAGCGUGCUGCUGGUGGACUUCCACAACCCCAAGGACGGCGUCUUCCUGGAGCACCUGGAGGUGCCGGCGUCCUGCAAGCGCCGGGCUGUGACCGGGGACUUUGUCCGCUACCACUACAACGGCACGCUCAUGGACGGGACGCUCUUCGACUCCAGCUACUCCCGCAAUCACACCUACAACACCUACAUCGGGAAGGGCUACAUCAUCCCCGGCAUGGACCAGGGCUUGCAGGGGGUCUGCAUGGGAGAGAGGCGGCGGGUGGUCGUCCCCCCACACCUGGCCUACGGGGAGAACGGCGCAGGGAGCAAAAUUCCCGGCUCAGCCGUUCUCAUCUUCGAUGUCCACAUCAUCGACUUCCACAACCCCGCGGACCCGGUGGAGAUCGAGACCGUGUACCGGCCCGAGGGCUGCAACGUCACCACCCGCGACAGAGACUUCAUCCGCUACCACUACAACUGCUCUUUGCUGGACGGCACCAAGCUCUUCUCCUCCCACGACUAUGAGAAGCCCCAGGAGGUGACUCUGGGGACCAACAAGGUGAUCGAGGGUCUCAACAGCGGCCUCCUCAACAUGUGCGUGGGGGAGAGGCGGGUGCUCAUCGUCCCCCCCCACCUGGGCCACGGGGAGAGCGGAGCCCGGGGGGUGCCAGGCAGCGCCGUGCUCCGCUUCGAGGUGGAGCUGAUCUCCAUGGAGGAGGGGGUUCCUGAGGGCUACCUCUUCAUCUGGCAUGGAGAGCCGCCGGCGAACCUCUACGAGCAAAUGGACCUGAACAAGGAUGGGGAGAUCCCCGCUGACGAGUUCUCCACCUUCAUCAAGACCCAGGUGGCGGAAGGGAAAGGCCGCCUCAUGCCCAGCUCCGACCCGGAGAAAGUCAUCGCCGAUAUGUUCAGGAACCAGGACCGCAACCAGGACGGGAAGAUCACCUCCGAGGAGCUGAAGCUGAAGUCGGAUGAGGACCAGGAGAAGAUCCACGAGGAGCUCUGAGGAGCAGACCUCACUUUCCCCCGGAGACAGGAUCGUCCCCGCUGCGCCACAGCCAGUCUUCCCCACCGGCUGCCCUGGGAAUCUGCCCCUGCCCCUCCCCAUCCCUCCGGGGGGGUGUAUUUUGUCCCGCCCCCCCCCCCCCAUUAUUUAACUGAGGGGUUUUUUGAUGUGUUCCUCCUGGGCAGCAAAACUCGCCAACCCCCAGCUAAUAAACCCAGGCAAGAAGGUGGGAAGCACCCACGUUCUUGGGAGUCUCGAUACCCCACGGGGACGGCAGCGCCCGCGUUUCCCCAGCCCUGCAGGCGAUACCUCUGCCACGGAGCGGGACCAAGGAUGCCAGGGCCAGACCCUGGAGCCCUGCCCCGCUCUGCUGCCAAACCCCGCUUCGACCCCCUGCUCUCAGCUCCCCAUGGAAGGGCCGGGGCAGCGGCGUCCCCUUCCCGAGCCCUUCCGUCCUCAGCCAGCGACUGCACAUCCCGCCCCAGGCUCCUCGCCUGCCCGUGCUGCCUCCUGGGGCAGGCAGGCAGGAGGAGGGGCUUCCCCCCACUUCUACCGCAGCAUUUUGUAGUUUAGGGUUGGGGUUUUUUUGUUUGUUUGUUUGUUUAAUAUACACAUAUAAAAUUCUUUAAAGGAGAGGAGAAAUCAAGAGAAGUGUUUCAUGUGGGUCCCUGCUGCUGGCCCAGCCUCUGCUCCCCGCUGCCAUCCUCCCCGGGACAAGAGGCUGGAGGGGACUCAGGUUCCCAGGGCGAAACGAAACGCAGGUGCCCCGCACGGAUCCACCGUUCCAGAAAAUCCGGGACCCCAGAGACAGCGGGGAUGGGAUCUGGCAAACCCCUCGUCAGCUGGGAGGAGACAAACAGAAAGCCUCUCCCACCCAGGUCCUCAGGGAGCAGCAUCGUCCCCAUCGGCAUCCUCCCCACCCCUCAGCGACAGCCCUCAGUGAUUGAGAAAAAAUCAGCCCAAUUUUAUUUUGAUGCCUAAAUGCAGCUAAUUAACUGGGCACUCUCAGGUUUGCCAGUUGUGACCAGCACGGCUCCAUCACCUCCCACCGGCUCUAAAAGCUUUUGCACAGCGUGUCUUGCGGGCAGAGAUAAAAGAAACGCAAGAAUAGAACAGUGCAAAGGGUCAGAGCGAACCCCUCAAACAAUGACUUCUACCUUGCACCAAAUAAAUAAUUUCUACUGGUUUCCAAGG